CGGAGUUUCUGCAAAACUGGAAAGCGGGGGAAUGCGAAGAUGAACACGGCGGCGGCGACGGCGACGGAGGCGCCGGAAGCGGCGGCGACGAGGGUGUACGUCGGAGGGGUGGGGGGGAGCGUCGGGGAGGACGACUUGCGCAAGAUUUUCGGGGCUCUGGGGACGAUAGGCGCCGUGGAAAUCGUCCGGAACAAAGGGCGCAGCUUCGCCUACUUCGAUUUCGUGCCGGCGACCCAGAAUUCCCUCAACAAGCUCUUCAGCAAGUAUAAUGGCUGUGUGUGGAAAGGGGGUAGGCUAAGGCUUGAGAAGGCAAAAGAACAUUACCUUAUUCGACUGAAACGAGAAUGGGAGGAAGAUGCUGAACAGAACAUCACACCUUCUGAUGCUCUUGAUGCGAAGAAAGACCCAGCAGCUCCAGUGAAGGCCAAGAACUUUCUUGAUAAAGAGAAGCAUCUUCAAAUUUUCUUCCCUAGAUUGAAGAAGGUGAAAUCUUUGCCAUUUCGAGGAACUGGCAAGCAUAAGUACAGCUUUCAGAGGGUUGAGGUUCCUCCCCUGCCAAAGCUUUUCUGUGACUGUGAAGAGCAUUCUAAUCUAUCUCAUUCCUUACAAGUGAAAAAGACUCAUGAACUUGACUCUCAAGGUGAUGGUGGCGUAAAUGCUGAAGAGCUUGAUAUGAUGAAUUCAGUGAUGAACAAGUUAUUUCAAAGAGAAGCAGAAUCAAUCCCAGCACGCAGUGGGAAUGAACUAAUCAAGGAGGAAAAGAUUUCUUCAGCAGGGUUUCUGGAACCACAACUGGAAGAGGACAUGGUAGAUCAUGACGACGAUGAUGACAACCUCGUGAUUAAUAUGGUUACAGGAGUGGGAGAUGGAAUUACUGGGGGCCAUAUUGGCAAUUUCUUUACGAAUCAGGAAUCAAAAGCUCACAAAAAAACUUCUGGAGAUGGACCGGCACAAAAUAGGCUUCCUAUAAAGAAAAGGGACGGCACAUUGCCAAAUAAGGAAGAUAAAUCACUUUCUCAUGGACAUGGUGCGAGAAAGGAGUCAUUUUCGUCUUCCAACGGGCAAAAUGAUAGUUUGCCUGUUGAUUCUGAAAUAUCAAGAAACAGUCGGAAACUGAAACCUGUAGUUUCAGAAUCAAGGACCCAAAAUAUGAAGAAGCAUCCCUUAUGGUCCCAGAAGUCCUCUUGGAAAAAACUUCUCGGGGAGAGAAAUGAAUUUGCCUUUUCUGUGUCACAUGUACUGUCAGGUGGUGGCACUCCAGGGGAUGAGCAACUGCUUUCCGAUAACUCAAAUGUGCUCAGUGUGGACUGCAAAAAUCAGCAUGGCGAUGAGCAGCCUGAACAUGCAGAAGACAAGACCAAUGAAUCAGCGAAAUUGGAAGAUACAACUGAAAGUGAGUCUGUGAUACAAAAUAAAUCCUCAGCAAAGACAGUUGGCACUCCGGGGGAUGAGCAACUGCUUUCUGAUUACUCGAAUGUGCUCAACAGUGUGGACCAAAAAAAUCAGCAUGGCGAUGAUCAGCAUGAACAUGCAGAAGACAAGACUAAUGAAUCAGCGAAAUUAGAAGAUACCACUGAAAGUGAGUUUGCAAUACAAAAUAAAUCCUCAGUGAAGACAGGAAGGGGCAAAUCAUGGCUCCACAAAUCUUCAUGGACACAACUGGUCACGGACAAUAAAAGUAAGUCAUUCAGUAUAUCGGUGAUUAAGCCAGCUCUAAAUUCUGAACAUGGGCCUCCAGCUGAUAAUAUUGCUAAGAGCAAGCAGCAUGAUGAAUCUGUACAAGAUGGUUCCCAUGGCUUGAGAGGUGAAAUGGAGGAAUCUUCAAGUGCUGCUUUUGACUCGAGCAAGGCUUCCCAAGUUAUGGAGCAGAAUCUUCCGCAACUGGAAGGUUCGGAAGGGACUUUGAACUCAAGUUCGCUUACUGUUCAAAACAGCAAUAAAGCUGCUGCUGCUUCAUUGACUGAGGAAAGACAAAUUUCAGUUCCAAAUCAGUCAGUCAUUAGAGUGGAUCAAGAAUGCCGUUUUAUGAGAAGUGAAGCUUCUCUACGAGACUGGGCGAAUAGUAAAGCAUCUCUUGCCAAGUCGCUUAAAAGAAAAAGAUAAUCUGCAAAUUUGGUGCUUCGAGUAAGCUGCUCUACUGGGGUGAUCUAUAAUGUAUCGAGGCUGUCAGAUUUCCUCAAACAGGUAAGGCUUAAAGCAGGAUUAGAUCAAGGAUGAGUUCAUUUUAGCGCUUUUAGUUGGGGCUCUCUUGGUAAUCCUUUUUUGACUGUGAGUACUCUUGACUUUGGUUCAUCAGUAAAAGACCAUAUGUUGUUUUCUCCAAUUUAAACGUAUAGGAGAGUUGUCAAAGAAUUGAAGCAUGGUGUCAAAUGGUUCUUUCAGUUCGGUACGAAGAUUGAUGGUUCCACUGUGGUGAACCUUAAAGAAAAAGCCUCUAAUGACAUGUACUUUGUUCUGCAUUUUUUUCCUCAAA